GAUAAGUUUAUCAGAACGUUCUCGAUAAGAUACUCUUUUUUGGGGAUUAGCGCCUUUGCAGGCACUGCAAUAGGAUCAGUAUUAAAUGUUAUGCAAGGUCAUAUACCUUAUCGAAUAUGGCUGCCAUGGGAUUAUAAUAUACCUCUAGUGUUCUGGAUUAUAUCCAUUCAUCAAAUUAUAACUUCAUUUUUUGCCGCAAUAAUAGGUGCCGGCACGGAUGCUCUAAUCCUCGCAUUGUCUUUGCAAACGUGCGCCCAACUUGAAAUUUUCGAAAGUCGUCUUCACAAAUUUAUAAUUAGUAAAACAGUUAGAGAUCUGGGACAUACACUUUCGACGUCAAAUAAAGACGAAGUGGGGAUAUCAGAAUGCGUACAUUAUCAUCUCAGCAUUUACAA